CUCAUGUUUGGCAGAAAGGCACGUCUACCUAUAGAUGUGGAGCUACAGAAUCCCCUUCCACAACCUCAACCAACGACUGAUUUUAAGCAAGCAGUUGAGAAACAGUUACAGAUGACAAGAGAAUUUGCAGACAAUGAGAUAGUGCAAGCUCAACACAGACAAAAAAGGAACUAUGACGACAGUAGCCGUGGUUCUGUGUACAAGGUAGAUGAUUACGUUUGGCUGUAUAACCCAGCAAUACCUAAAGGAUUAUCUCCAAAGCUUGCUAAGCGAUACACUGGACCAUUCAAGGUUAUAAAGGUUCAUGGUAGCACCAAUGUCUCUAUCAGACGACCCAAAGGAGGACGUGUUCAGCGAAUUCAUGUCAACAGAGUGAGUCCAUGUUACCGAAGAAUGCCCAGCCAGACUCCAGAAUGUUCUACAAGAAAUAACCAUGCAACCGGACGAGCUUCUCAUGAUCAACGUCAUCCGUCAUCUACAUCGCCCGAGGUGGACAUCCAUCAUCACAUCGACGAGGAGGAAGCAGUCUUGGUAAGAGCCAACGGCAAUGCGGUUAAUGUUCCACCUGUUCAAGUCCUUCCAGCACAACCGAUGGUUCCACCUGCACCUCCGCCUGUUAGUCGUGUUGGUCGCCGACUCGUUCAGCCUGCCUGGAUGAGAGCCGGGGAUUACAACGUUGGAUAUUAUUGACUCGAGUGUUGUGAUUGAUCUACCUGUUCGUCGUACUGAUCUUAGAAGACGUGAGAACCCGUUUCAUUACUAGAGGGGGAGGAAUGUAGCGCGAGUAAUUAGAUGCAUGUUUACGUUAGCACUGCGUUAUAGCACGUUAGUAUGACAUCAUGACUGUUGCCUAUUUAGACCAUUACACUUGCUAGAUUAUUUAGUCUGCAUUGAGUACAGCUACGCGUUAUAGCAACAGGAUAGAGUUGCUCUACUGCUGUGUCGGACCACUGCAUCUGCUGC